CCGCGCUGCUCAGUCGCCGCGGCCGCUGCUCCGCCGCCGUGUGGUCCGUGUCCCGAAGAGGAUUCAACUACCAGAUAUCCAGGUUUUCAGAAUGAGCUCGCUACCUGAGAUGGUGCCAUUUGAGGAGAUGGUGACCUUUGAGGACGUGGCCGUGAGCUUCACCUGGGAGGAGUGGCAGUUCCUGGACGACACUCAGAGGACCCUCUACAGGGACGUGAUGCUGGAGACCUACGGGAGCCUGGCGUCCCUGGGGUGUUGCGUGACCAGACCUGAGGUGAUGGUCAAGUUAGAGGAAGGAGCAGAGCCGUGGACUGUGGAAGCACCUGCAAACGAGAGCCUCUCAGGUAUCGAGUGUGGGAGUGACCUUACUGACAUUGAUCAAGAAAACGAUGACCGACAUUUGUGGAAUGCUUUCAACACUACCAGCGAAGACUCUACUGAAGAGAAACCUGAUAUGGAAGAAGCACUGAAUUUAAGUCCAAACCAUAUUAUGAAAGUGGUUAUACAAGAUGGACAGGAUUCAGGAGUGGUGACUGAGCACUUUGCUAUAUAUAAGAACAUAUUUCUCCCGGUAGACCCUGAAGAAAAUAAUGACGGAGAGAGUCCAGAGAGGGAGGAGACAACUGUGGAAUCCCAUAGGGAGCCUGAGCAUCCUAGUUUUCAUCAGAAGAUGCUAGAUUUGCAGCAGCCCGUGGUAUUUAGUAGAGAAGACAAAACCUUCUAUAAGGACGAGAUGGUAUUUACCCAUGGGAGGGCCCUUAUUGGAGAGGCUGCAUGCGAAUAUAAUGAGUAUGGGGAGGCCUGCGAUACGUCAGCUCUCUUUACUCAAGAGAUGACUCACAUAGAUCAGACUCACUAUGAAUGUAACAAUUGGGGGCAAAUCUGUUUUGAGGAUCCAACACAAUUGAUUCUUCAGACAGAUUCUGAGUAUGAGCACCAUAAAUGGAAUCAAAGUGGUGAUGAUUUUAGCAAGUUAUUACAUCUCACGGAACAUCAGAGAAGUCAGUUGAGGGAGAAAAUUGAAGAGAAUAUAUGUGGUAAGACUUGCUUUAACUUCUCUGUUAUGGCUGAGCAUCAGAACAUAGAACCAGGUGAGAAAUCUUAUGAAUGUUGGCAAGCCUGUGGGAAUUCAACCCUCAGCAACCAGAGAAUUCUCAAGCAAGCAAAGCGCUAUGAGUGUAAAGAUUGUGAAAAAGUUUACAAGUGGAAGUCAACCCUCACUAGACAUCAGAGAACUCACACAGGAGAGAGGCCCUACGAAUGUAAAGAGUGUCACAAAUCUUACUACCUUAGGGCAGACCUCAAUGUACACCAGAGAAGUCACAAUAAAGAAAAACCCUAUCAAUGUAAUGAAUGUGGGAAAAAAUUCACAUAUAAAUCAUAUCUGAAGAUACAUCAGAAAUCUCACACAGAAGAGAAACCCUAUGAAUGUGAAGAAUGUGGGAAAAUUUUCUACCGGAAGUCAGGACUCAUUAAUCAUCAAAGAAUUCACACAGGAGAGAAACGCUAUGAAUGUAAAGAUUGUAAAAAAAUGUUCUACUGGAAAUCACAACUCGAUAUGCAUCAGAGCUUGCACACAGUACAAAAACCCUAUGAAUGUAAAGAAUGUAACAAAUCAUUCUGCCUGAAGUCAUCAUACACUCUACAUCAGAGAAUUCACACAGGACUCAGGCCCUAUGAAUGCCAAGAAUGUAGUAGAACUUUCUGCUACAAAUCAAAUCUCACUGUUCAUCAGAGGGCUCACACAGGAGAGAGACCCUAUGAGUGUAGAGAAUGUAGCAAAACUUUCUAUCAGAUGUCCCAGCUCAGUAGACAUCAGGCAAUUCACACAGGAGAGAAACGCUAUGAAUGUGAAGAAUGUGGGAAAACUUUUUACUGGAUGUUUGAAUUGAAUUACCAUAAGAGAAUUCACACAGGAGAGAAGCCCUAUGAAUGUGAAGAAUGUAGGAAAACUUUCUACCAUAGGUCAGACCUUACUGUACAUCACAGAAUUCAUACAGGAGAGAGACCCUUUGAAUGUAAAGAGUGUGGAAACACCUUUUGCCAGAAGUCACACCUUACUAGACAUAAUAGAAUUCACAAACGACUUAAACCCUAGGAAUGUAAAGAUGUAGAAAAUCUGUCGACCAGAAAUCUCACCUCACUAAACAUUGAGACCUCACUCAGGGUUUGAUCCUGUGUGAGAGACAGCAUAUUCACAACAUAUUAUUUGUUGAUACGACAUGGAAUUCUAUGUUGGGUUUCUAUAACUUAACUGUGGCUAUAAAAACAAACAGUACUUUCCAAGCCAGGUCACAAAGAAAACUCCAUUCUCAUAUUUUUCAUACCUCGUUUUCCUGAAUGACACUCCUGGUUUUCCUAGGAAUCCAUGGGAUGAACAUGCAGUGUUUUCAGAAAGGAGGGAUUGAUUGGGAAGAGCAGCCUCUUCCGCACUUGACCCAGCAGUCUCCAUGGGUGCUUUCCUGGGUGAAACUAUAUUUUCUCCUUGGGCCCUUCCAUGUGUGAUGUCCUUAACCAUCACGUUUCAGGCAGUUUUUGAAUGGGACAUUCUGCGAACAGUUACCUACACUUGUGUGUAAAAUUCCUGGAGCAAAGAACUUCUGUCAUGUUUUAUCGCGUGUAUUGAUGGAAACUCAAAAAGAGGCGAAAAGAUAGUUGACAUAGUGUAUCAAGUUUCAGCUGGAGUGUUUGGGUUAUUGAGUGGCCUGAGCGGACUGUUCUAGAGAAGCGCUGAAGAUGCCCUAUGUGUUUUCUUAUGAGAGGCCAAAUGAGCAACUCAAGUACAACUGUAAUUCCCUACGGACUGGCCUGUAAGUUUCCAGUUUAUGUGGCAUUAGCCAAGGGAGCAGGUCUGAAAAUUCCAGGUUUGUAACAUCUUGGUGGAGUUUUCAAGGAAAUAGUGUAUGUUUUGAGAAUAAUAUAUUUCUAGGCUGAGGUGGUAGGUUUCACUGUUCACGUGAGUGCGAACUAAUAGUAUAGUAAAGUCCAUGGAAAGUUCCAGUCUUUAUGUGUAGCUGGUAAAUGGCAGUUGUGUCACAGAGGUAACUCCUGGUAGGAGCUCCUCAGGAAACGCUUGGAGGGGAAGUAGGGGAGACGACACACUGUGUUAUCUUUCCCCAGGGAUUUGAGGACUUGUCUCAUAAGAGGUCGCAGUCUUCCUCAGAAUUCAGUCUCCAUUGAUCCUUGGAUCGGCACCGACAGCUGUGAGUCCUACCCGAUCUCUAGGCCUGGGAGUGCGACCGUGUCCGGCUUAGAGCAAGCUGGAGGUGAGGGUCACGCACCAGGUGAAUGGGGCCCAGGAAACUGCCAGCAUUCCUCAGAGUCACGGAGGGAAGCGGCCCUUGCCUGGGGCUGCCAGCAGCUUAGCAUCACCCACGGCGUCCCCGGGAGGGAUAGAGGGUCCAGUACAAGGUGGCUUGGGUACAGGGAUCGUCAUCCAGUUGUGAGACCAGGGUGUCAUUGCUGUGUGGACACCCGCUCACGUGUGUGAGCCCUGCUGUGGAGGCUCCAUGGCCUCCCGAGGAGGCAGAGCCUCUGUGCCUUGGAGGCUGUGCUGGGCCUGGGAGCUGGAUUGGCGGGUGAUGUGUGCGUGGGGGAGGGUUGUGCGGGUGCGCAGCUCACAAGGCUGUGGUUCUGUCCUCAGACCAAGGUGCCCCUUUCAGUGACUGAGAGGCUCGGUGCUGCGAGGUCGACGUUUCGGUCUCUGAUUGUGCCCACGUGGGUGGUAAGUGAGGUGGUGUUGUAAAUAGAUAGAAAUGCCGUUGCCUGGUUCAGGUGUCCAUUGAUAGGUUCCAUGGAAAGUAUCUGGCCAAAGUGGGGGCUCCAACAGGACCCCGGGCCCAGGGCCUCCUAUUUUUUUUUAACUUGUAGGGCCGCUUUCCUCCGUUGUCACUUUGGAUGGUGACAGGUAAGCCUGCAUCCACUUUAGGGUUUAUAUUCGUAGAAAUCAUGUGGACCUCGGCAUCCGCCUGUUGGUUCCAACCGUUGGCUACUUGGAGGGUGGGGCUCUGGCUUGGGAACCCAUGCGAGCACCCAGGCCAGGAGCGGCAGCCCAGGGUAGAUGGAGAGGUACCACCUGCACCCCCUGCCUUUGGUUCGGCCUUGGCUUCCCUGUGGUGUGUGCUACUGAGGAGGUGUCUCAUCCUUGGGGUGUGUGUUGGUUAUAUUACCUGCAUGGCUGAGUAAGCCCCUGGGCAGCUCUUACUUGAGCCUCCCCUUCCUGCUCCCGGCUGAAGAGCUAGAGGACCCCAAGGUCUGCCGGAAAAGAUGCCCCAGCAUGAGCCUGGCAAGAGUUGGGUGUGGGCAGAGGUGAGAGGGCAGCUCCCGUGGGGUCUCCUGUUAUUGAUGGAGCUUUGUGAUUUCUGGCAACUUGGGAAAGCCCCAGGGGGAGGCAAGCUAAUCUCACCAGGUCUGAAAAGGCUUCUCGGCUCUGGCGAGAGCAGGCUUGUGCAGGGAGGGGACAGCUGAGACAGCGUCACUACAAGUACUUUGUUUUCUUCUCAAGUAUCUUUCAGCUAUGGUUUCAGGAUCACAUAUCAGGCACCCCCUUGCACCCUCAGGGGCUGGGUUUGUCCUUGGUCACAGCCCCAAGGGUUGGGCUCCCCUCAUGCUCCCACACUCCCCAUGAGCACCACAGACUUUGAGUUGAUAAAGCGUGGCCGUGAGGAUGCGGAGGACACCAGUGGACAGGGAGGGAUAUCAGGGCUGUUAAACCUCAGGAAGGGUGUUAAACUGCAGGUAACAGGUGGGAGUGACGCCUCUGUCAGUCGGAUGACUCGGGAAGGUCUCAGAAGGGAAUAUUUGAGCUGAGUGAGGGUGUGAGGUGACAGCAGUCUGUUAUCUGGGGGAAUAGCCUGUCAUGGGUGUCCUGAGGGUGUUUGGGGAACACUCACCCUCAGAUUGGGGGAGGGAGGCAGAUAGGACCUGAGGUCAGAAAAGGGGCAGUUCCUUGGCCUCAGAACGAUGUCCAGUGUCAUGAAUACUGGUCACGGAGUCAGGGCAUGGUCGGGGGAGCCCUGCACCAUCACACGAGCCCAGUUCCCUCUGCAGGACUCCCCAUCGCCCUCAGACAUUUCACACGUGUCUUCAAACCUAGAAGGUCCCUGGCAUGACAAAGCAGGGAGGGGUGUCAGAGCCCAGCCCUCUUGGGGACACCCCUGCAGCAGCCUAGUAAGUAGACGUGGGACUGUGGGGCUGCGUUCAGGGGACCAGGGCUGGGCUCCAGGCUGUGCCUCUGCCGCGCUCGGUACCCCUGUGUGUUGCUUCUCCUCUUCCUGUCCCAUGUCUAGCCUCAUCUCCCCCGCCACCUCACAGCUUGUAGGGCUCCCCAUCUCCUCUCACCAUACUCUUGACGUAAACACACACACACAAGCUGUUCCCAGCACACCGAGCCCCUUGUGGUGUUUCUGGUGACAAGCAUGCAUUUCCACACCUGUCAGCGUCACGUGGUGCUCAGCCUACAGGUCUGGUUUCCAGGCAGCACCUCACUGACCUCCCUUCCGAACACCCUCUGCAAGACUCACUUGAGAUGCAUUUAUUCAAGCAGUAAAUUCAUGUACCGUUGGGUUGUUUAUUUUUUUAACCUUAUUUGUCACUCUUUCCCCUUAAAUUUCUUAUUAAAUAUGAAAGUUCGCGGGCCUCCCUGGUGGCCUAGGGGUUGAGUCUCAGUGCUAUCCCCACUGUGGCCUGAGUUCGAUCCCCAGCCAGGGAGCUAACCCACAUAAUGGUGCAGCAGACCUCUCCUUUCUUGUCUGCUGCUCCCCUUAGCAGUGUAUUUCAGUAGAUAACGCUUGUUCUGCUCCCCACUCUGUCUCUGGUGAAUCCUCUCAUCCCUCGCACCUCUGGCCUGCAUCCCAGUUCUUCUAUGCAUAAAUAAAUAAAUCUUUAAAUAUAAAUAAAUAUGAAAGUUCGCAAUAACAUUUGUCCUUAGGAUUUCUCUUUAUUCUGAGUUUUGUUUUUUAAAUAAUGUGUUAAUAUGACCCACCUUUUAGCAACUAGUGACUUGGCCAUGAUAAAAUGACUGCGCUGAAAUUUAAAGAAUGUUAGUUAUUCAUGGAUGAAGAAGUAUGUUCAGGUAUGAUAUACUGAAAUUAGAACUGUAAGAAAAUUAAAUGGUUUAUAGUACUUGUAUUUUGCGUCGUGUUCGUGAUGAGUGAUGAUUCACUUUUCCCCUUUUACAGCCUGAACAAAGGGUGAGUUCACAAAUAAAAUGAAGUCACGAAAUAAGUAAAUAGAUGAGAAAAGACCUCGAAGCGCAGGCAUUUGUGCAAGGGGUUUGGCAUGAUGGGAGGGUGCUGAUCAUUUCCCUGGGAAUCGGGUGAACCUAAGAGCAUUCCACACUCUGGCCUUUUAAGAAUUAGAAACGGAAGUUUAACUGUCAUAGCAACUAACACCUCAGUAACUAAGAGAAGGUCCUAGAAGAGUCCCAGGACCCUGGUGCCAUGGCACCCCUCAGCCCAGUGCUUCAUGCAGGCAGUAUCCAUGUUAGUCCACUGGGCCCAGCCCCCAUCCCCCACCCUUGUCCACCGCUGCUCUGGCCUCUAGUA